AAUUUGUCACGAAAAAAACGAGUGGAAUUCCUCGACUCCAGUAUUUUUCCCUCAAUCUUCCAAACAAAAUCGAACUGAUAGGUCUCGAUUUUCUGUGUCUGUACGAAGUUGUUGUCUACAUCGAGAACACAUUUCUGCAUAACUAACCCCAAAACACCCCCACACCCCGUCGACACCCCCUGCAGUGCACAGUUCUGAAAUGAUGUCAGCGUGGGUAGCUGCACCGAUACGAGGAUGUAGCCCGAGUUAGCAACAGUUAACGAAGGAGAUAAGCCUGGCCCGAUAAUUAAUAAUCAAUGGAGAUGAACGAGUCUGAGGAGAGGUUCAAGAGCCGCGACAGAGGGACGAGAAGGUCUCGGGGGCAGUGCAAGCUGAGUGACAAUGACACAAUGACCCUAGAGGAGACACUGCUCUCGUUCAACGGUCCCAUCGGCCAGGAGCAGGCCUGGGCGGUCUGCCAUCAGACGGCGAAAUUCCUCUCGCAACUCCCCUCGAACCGCCUGCAGGAGCUCCAGAGCCUCAGCCAGAUCCACCUCCACAAGGAGGGACACAUCCUCCUGGAGCUCCCCGUUGGCUCCGAGGUGGAGAAUUCCUCCGAGAAGAAGGUCAUCCUCUCCCUGGGGGUCCUCAUUUAUCAGGCCUUGGACUUUGGACUCGACCAAAAAGAGGAGAGACUCCUCGCGCUCGAUCUGAAGGACUUGAUGAAUCUCAUGGGGAGCUGUCACGAGGAUUACGAGAGCGAUGAACGACUCCAGGAGACCGACGACGAGGGCAUUGGCAGGGACUCCGAGGUCGAGCUGGACGAGGACAAUGGGUCCUACGGGGUUAACAGGGAUGAUUACUGCAGUUUGAAGCACAUUAUUCAGAUGUGCGCCAGACAUAUUCAAGGGACUGACGAACAAGCAGACACUCAUUAUCGUGCAGUAAUCAGAGCAUUUGUUCACGAAGCCCUCGAACUCUCCCAGUUCCUCGAGAAAGUCGGUGGCGAGCGGUUUCAGGCGAAUCUCAGAAAUCUGCCGAGCACUGAACGCUAUGGGGUGUCCUCACAGCAUCUGGAUACUAUGGACUUCGAUGAUUGGACCGACAUUCGGAUUUGGAGGGCUAUUCAGGCACGAUUCUGGGUCCAAGUGAUCGGCGAACUUCGUCACGGUAUAAAGCUCAAGAAAGUCGAGGAGAAUCUCAAGAAACGUGGCAGGGUGAAAGACACAGGCGCAGAGUUCGAAUUAACACCUUAUGAAAUUCUGAUGGACGACAUAAGAGAGAGGAGGUACAACCUGAGAAAAACAUCUGGACCCGUUCGCAAUGUGAGGAAAGACGCUCGUGCUGUCGUCCUGGAGUUCAUCCGGAGUAGACCACCAUUGAAGAAGGCAUCAGACAGGCAGCUCCCUCCUCGCAAAAAAGAAUCGACAAUUCGAGAAUUGCUAAUGGAGAGUAUAAAAAAGCCCCCGAGACCACUGAGAUCCUGCAGAGAGCGCCAACUGAAGGAGCAGAAACCGAUCGAGCCCCCGCAAAGCAACUCGACCACCGCCAGCACAAACCCGGACCCCUCAAAGCCCCCGAAGAAGCUGAUUCCGGUGGACUUCGACCUGAAGCUCGACGGCGAAGAGGACUCGGACUCGGACGACGACCCGGACGACGUCUACGCAGUGACGCGUUUCGAGGACGACAAGGACCCCCACCGUGACGAGUGCAGCCACGAGGACGACGAGGAGAAGGGCUCAGCCAAUCCCUGGAGGAAGACCGGAGGGCUCCGUCUCACGAGGAACGAGUACCACCGCUUCUGCGACGCACAGCUGGAGUCGUACGACCUGGCGACCCAGUGCCCCUCACGACGUGCCUCAGUCCGCAAGCACAGGGGCCCCAGGAACAUCGCCCCCUCCUUCAUCCCCCUGGGCACGUGUUCAGUGCCGCACUCUCGUCCCCAGAGCAGAAUCAGUGGAGUCGGUGACAGCAUGAAGAUGAGCCUCUCACCGUCGCCCAACGUCUCCCCGAGCAUGAGCCCCAGACCCAGGGAGAGAACCCUGCUGAAGGCCAAUACGACUGUCGAUCCCAACUACAAUCCACCCCAGGAGAAGAAGCCGUCCCUGGGGGACAUGCUGCUGGACGAGAGACUCUCGUUGACACUCGAGGAGAUCGUGCACAUCAGGAGUGUCCUGACCAAGGCGGAGCUCGAGUCACUGCCCGUGGAGGGACGGGUCAAGGAGGACGUCGAGAAGAGGAGGGUCUGCUUCCUCUGUCUCAAGACGAGGUUUGGACUGCUGGGACCCUGGGGCCAGAGAUGUAGACUUUGCGAGAGGACAGUGUGCGUGAAAUGCUACUCAAAAAUGAGGAUUCCAACGGAGCACUUUGCCCACGUGCCAGUGGUGCUGCUGUCCCCAGGGCUGUUGAUGUCCCCAGGAUCAGAGGACUCGAGCAGGGGAUGGCCGAGGCCUGGAGGUGCUGUGGGCUCCGCUCCAGCGUCACCAGCCCAUAGACGAAGGGACAAUUUGAGCAAUCACUCGGGGACACCACUGUCAACACCCAAUCCUGCCACUCCUGCUGAGGGUCUCACUCCCAGGGACGAGGGCACCGAGAGGAUCAAGUAUCCCAGGGUCGGGGGGAGCCCCAGCAGAAUGACCUCCAGUGCCACUGGCAGUCUUGGGGUCACUGGGAACGAGAGACUCGUCGCCGAGAGGAUGAGGGGCGUCUCCAUGGUCGUUUGUCAUGACUGCAGAAUCAUGGUCAUUCAGAUCAUCAAGAGCUCCAGGAGCACCAGGGCCACUAUACGCAACAAUGUUAUCUCACGACUUACACUCAAUUUAUCACCUGCGUAUGUUUAAGGGGGAGGGCGGGGGGAAGUGGUGAAAUGGAGGAUUUGUCACGAAAUGUCGAAUUCCGGGCAUUACAGGUGGGAAAUGGGUGAGGGAAAGUCAACCCUGUUCGAGGCAGUUUACUGAAUUUCUAGUGGAAGUUAUGAGUUUUGGGGGAAUGGGGCACUUGCAUGAAGCUGUUUUAUCCGAAUUUUAUGGAAACUUUUUCAUAAUUUUGUAGUUGUCGAAUAGCGAAAAUUUUGGCGAAAUAUUGGCUAGAUUUCUUAUAGUGAUUGAUUGAAAAUGGCACAGUUUUCGAUGCCGGUUUUUCCGGAGUGUUAAUGGCAUUGGGCAUUCCAGUCGUUGAAAAUCUUGAACUUUUGGUAAUUAAUUAUUCAUUAACGAGAUGCUUUUCAAAUUUUUGUGCAAAAUCUUUCUUUAGGCCGUCAACUUGAGGGCAAAUGAAUAAGAAAAAAUUAUGCAAGUUCUCUAUUGUGUUUAAGAAUUCUGGCGCAGUUUUGGGGGAAUAGGGCACUUUAAGCUCAGUUUUUCCGAAUUUUAUUGAAAUUUUUUCAUAAUUUUGUAGUUGUCGAAUAGCGAAAAUUUUGGCGAAAUACUGUCUAGAUUUCUUAUAAUGAUUAAUUGAAAAUGGCACAGUUUUCGAUGCCAAUUUUUCGUUAGUGCUAAUGGCAUUGGGCAUUCCAGAGUCGUUGAAAAUCUUGAACUUUUGGUAAUUAAUUAUUCGUUAAUUAUUCAUUAAGGAGAUAGCUUUCAAACUUUUGUGCAUGCAAAACCAAUCAUGUAGGCCCUCAACAUGAGGGUAAAAGAAUAAGAAAAAAAUUACGUAAGUUCUGUUACGUUUAAAAAUUUUGUUCAUUUUGUUAUUGUCAAUAUUCUUUAUAAUUUUCUAGCAGUCAAGCAGCAAAAAUUAGGGCGAAAUAUUGUCUAAAUGUCUCAUAAUGGUCGAUUAAAAAAGCCAUACUUUUCAACUUUUGAUAAUUAAUUAUUCAUUAACGAGAUACUUUUCAAGCUUUUCUGCAUGCAAAAGCAAUCAGGGUAAAAGAAUAAGAAAAAAUCAUGCAAGCUCCCUAUUAUGUUUAAAAGUUUUGAUUGAUAUCUGAAAGAAAAAAACCCAUAAACUUCAGAAUGGAAAGUAAUUCUUGAGCCAUUUCACAACUUCCACCCCCAAAAUUUAAAAAACGAAAAUAUGAAAAAAAUAGUGAGGAUAAUUAAUGUAGGUAGAGUAGGGAGAAAGUACAGGUAAUUGUGACGUGAUUACUAUGGUGGUGGCAAUAUUGGUAUUAAUUAGGAUCCAUGGGGCCCAAUUUGUAGAUUUCUCGAUUAUCUUCUUGUCAACAUUAUCAACAUUUGAAACUUUUCGUUAUCGAGAUCACUGUGUUCGGAUGAAACUUGUGUGCUAAGUAAAAUUAUGAAAUUGCAGAAGUCGGAUUUCAUGAAUUAAUUAAAUUGAAAUUGAUGAGUCGAGUCAUUACGUUUUAGUAAUUAAACGCAGAGCAUUUUUUUCUUUCCGAUUAAAUUCUCCUGUACAAAGGCAAAUUUUUCUUCCAGUCGUAUUCCUCUAUCUCGUGCAACGACGUUUAUUCGGAAUGUAAAAAAAUUCAUUCAUCAAGCGAGUUAAAAGGAUUUUUUGGGGAUAGUGUUGAUGACACGAGUAAUCAAUGACGAAAAAUGUUCUGUUAAAAUUUAAAAAAUUUGGGUUUAUCAGUUGAAGCGAUCAAAAGUAGGUAGUAAUGAUGGCCUAAUGAUUAUUGAAGUAGUAAUUUAAGUUCAGAGAUAAAUGACAAAUGAGAAUUUAUGUAAAUAGGAUAAAUCAAUUGAGAUUUUAAUUGUAAAGGAAAGUUUGUCGGCCUUCAAACCGAGCAAGAUAUGUCUUCAGCGUACAGUAUCGUAAUUCGCGCAAAGGAAAGUGCUGAUACGAGUGUGCAAUCAAUUAUUAUGAUUAAAAUGCUCCUGAGAGUCUUGAAAACGAAUCAAUGAUUCAGUAGUCGAGGGGUGGAGACGUGUCAUUGGGAAUUAUCAUGUUAUUUCAGGCGUGAGUGGGUUUUGGGGAUAAAUUUUGUUGUUUUUUGCUCAUUAAUUGCAGAGUUAAUGAUUAAUUUUCCAAGUUAAUAAAAAAUCGUUUUUGUUUUUUUCGAUUUAUCUCGCGAACGAGUCGGUUUAGGCGACAAGUGUCUCAGACAUUUUUUGUUGAAAAUUGAAUUCUCUACAGAAAAUAUCUUUUGACAUUUUUCCGUAGAAUCAAUCGUUUUCGAGAUAGUCGCAAAUUUACCUAACGAUAAUGAAUUUUCUAACCGAAAAAGAAUAAUUUCUAUUUUAUUUCUCUCUUCAUCUUUCGAACGAGUUAUUCUCCAAGAAAAUGUCAAAAAAAAAAACCCAGUUUCGUAAACUGAAGAAUAAUCCUCUUUCUUACUAAUGUUGAUGAAGAAUUUCAGUUAAAUUCGCCACUUUUCUACUGAAUCAAACGUGUGCAGUUGUACAAAUGAUAAUGCAUGAGAUUUUGUGAUGUAUCCCGUUGAUUCGGUGAUGAAAAACGUCAAUGAAGGGCUUAAAAGUUCCGACAAGUGUCAAAGGAUCGUAAUUUACCCCCAAUGUGUGAUUAUUUUCGUCAUCCCCUUGUGUUGAUUAAAAUUAUGAUGAAUAAACGUGAAGAUGUCUGGGUUUCUCCGGUGAGAUGACAGCUGAUGGAUAAAUGGGCAGGCCCCACCGUAUUUAAUCUAUUUAUGUAUAUCGCCGUUGACUGAAUAUAGAAAAAUCGAGGGAGGGGAGACUGGGGCAAAACCGAUUGUUCAAAGUUCUGAAUGGAAAGAGCGAGAUUUUUUUCAGACUUCUGAGGCACGAAGUGUCUGACAUUCAUCAAGAAUUCCUCUCAGAUUCUGAAUUAUUCAGCACUCGGGACAAUCGAUUUUGCCCCCCAUUUUCCCCUGCAUUUAGAGUAGGCGUAUAGAAAAUCGAUUGAAUAUUAUAUACAUAGUAUGAUACAUUAUGAGAUGUAUGACUAUAGAAAUAUCAUUUCGUUGAUUCAUGAUUCAUCAUGUAUUAUAUAAAUAUUAUACAUGUUAAAGACAACAAAAAUGUCUCACCAGUUGGGCUCAACAUUGAAUUAUCACGGAUUGAUGAACAGGGAUGGCUAAUUAUUGAUUUUUCUUUUGAUUAGAUUGAUUGUGUGACUGAGUUUGGAAAAGCGAACGCGUUUAUUUUGAUUAUUUUGGGUUUGAGGGGUGAAAAGUUGCGUCAUUUGUGGGUAAAUGGGUGAUUAUCUCGAUAGCGAGUGGUUUUAGAAGAAAAUGUCAUGGGACUUUUUUGUAGAAGAUUAAAUUUCCUACGAAAAAGGUCCUGUGACAUUUUCUUCUAGAAUCAGUUCGUUGCGAGAUAAUUCACCAAUUCAUUAUGAUCCCUUCAUUAUUGUCUAGCUUUUUGUUUAUUAAAUUAUCUCGAUAACGAGUGGUUUUAGCAGAAAAUGUUAAGAGACUUUUUUUGCGGAAAAUUAACUUUCCUACGAAAAAGGUCUUGUGACAUUUUCUUCUAGAAUUACUCAAUUUCGAGAUAAUGUAACAAUUAUUCAUUUCAAAAAGUCUCGACUUGAUUUUAGAAAGAAAUUCCAAAUCCAUUUUCAGAAUAACGUAUUUUUGAUUAAAAUUCUUCACAAAAUCACUUGAUAUUCGUCUAAAAAAUCAUUCCCCUCAAACCCCAUUUCACCCCUCAAAUUUCAAAAUUAACACCAACCAACUGAAUGAUUUCAUCAGGUCCUUCGUAUCAGACGUUGAAUGUUAGAAUUUGUUAAUUGAAUUACGUUUUGCUACUUGAAUUUGUGUGACUAUUUAUUUAUGUAACUAAUCGAUCUCAUCAUUUCGGCAUUUUGACUUAUUAUUCCCUCUGCAAGUCACUUCGAGUGUUUCACCUUAGAAGGAACUGUCUCGAAGUGAAUUGCAUCGAUUAUUUAUGAUGGCUUGGCAACUAUUGGAUAGAAGCAUCGAAUUGUAAAAUAAAUCAAAUAAAAAUGCAUCAAUAUUUAA